UUGGAAGGAGAUGCAUUAACAGAUAAUUAUGUAUACUCAGAUGAGGGUGGUAACUAUGGUACCUGGAAAAGGCCUGGAAAUGAAGAUCUUGGGGAUGAUAAUGAAAGUAUGUCUCCAAGUGGUGGUGGAAGAGAAAGAUUUGGUCUUGGGGGUGAAGUGGGAUUAGAUGGAAGAUGGAGACAAAUGCAUAUGAACGUGCUCAAGAGUACAAACCCUUAUGGUAAUACUGCUUUUGUAAACCCCUUUGAUCACCAGUCGUUGGGAGUGUAUCCACAAUACAGUCAAAGUCCU